AAUGUGCGUUCAGAGUGAUUGCAUGGUGUUUCCGUGCCUACUUCGUCGUCCAGGAUUUACGAUAAAACCGAAAUCGUGUCAAAUUCGACUGAUUUUCUGCGGUAAAUAGUGGUGCUCCGGUCGCGAAAAUAUGUGAAAAUCGUUCCCGAGAGCCAUUCCGACGCGUACAGAAUGAAAUUAGUGACGGAAAGGUGAAAUCUGCUAGUGAAAAAUCCGCUUGAAAGUGAGCAGCCUGGGUCUGUCUCGGUGCGGUUCCAUUUUAGAGCCAGCAGCCUCUUCUCUUUGGGGGGGGUUUGUGUUGGUGUUUGUGCGUGUGAAGAAAACACGACGACAAGAAGAAAACGUGUAGUGGAAGAAAAAGUGCCGUGGCCUUCUCGGAUCUCGACGGCGAUUGAGCGGGAGUCGAAUAUUUUUCGACUAUUGAAAUGUUCUACAAAAAUGCUGCAAAUAUCUUAAGGUUAAGCAGUGAAAUUUCAUAAACAUAUAUUUUGGCCCGCUCUAUCAGCUACGCAAUAAAAAGGCGAGUGUAGCGCUGCAGUUUCGUGAGGAAUUGUGUAUCGAAAAAGUGGUGUAAAUUGGCGGGGCAGCUUUACAAACACAUUUGUUUUGGUCACGGCUGAUCCCAUGCCCGUACAAAUGGUCUGCGACUCAACAUCGUUGGUGAGUGCGGCGCUGCGCGACUCUUUGACCUCGUCUGGCGGCAGUGGCAACAGCAGCAGCAGUAGCGGUCUUGGAGGAGGAGGUUCCAUGUCUGCGGCUUCCUCGUCAUCGUCAUACGGAAGAGUCCCAUCGUCGGCAGCCUCUUCGUCGUCGUAUUUUAGCCUUGGUUCGUCCGGUAAAAGCUCUGGGUUCGCGGAUUUAGAUGACGACGACCUUGUUGGCCACUUCGAGGGUCAGCUUGCAGACGCUCUUCGGCGGAAACAGUUGAAGCCGAUCCGAUACGAGGAAGUGCCAAACUACAGUGCCGAGCAGGAAAAUUUGAAAUCGAAAUACAUCGUACUGAAGGCUCCCGCCAGCACUUCCAGUAAUUGCAUCAAUGGAUCCAACAGUGUUGGUGGAGGAGCUGGGCCCGUCAACGGAAGCACCAACACACAGGUGAUGAAUGGAGGCGGCCGAGGAAACCCGUCGUCGACGAUGACGUCCAAACUGUCUGUCGUAAACGCCACUUGCAAUGGCAUCAGUCACCAAAAUGGCAACAACUCGUCGUCGGCGGCAACCGGGAAGGAUCAGCUCCCAGCCCCGAAGAGGGUACUAUACCCGCGAGAGAACGUACAGAUCGGCUGGAAAGCCACCGGGCACAAGUGGAAUACCGGCGCCGGGUUCACCAACGUCGGCAACACUUGCUAUCUCAACUCGACGCUGCAGGCGCUGUUCCACGUGCCGGCCAUCGCCAACUGGCUCAUAUCGGACAGUGCCCAUCGCGAACGAUGCGAUGACAACGUGAACGGUCAAGGCUGCAUAAUCUGUGCCAUGGCCAAAACUUUGCUGGCCUCUCAGAGCAACCAAGGCUCCGUCAAACCAUACAUGGUGGUCUCCAAGCUUCGGUUGGUAUGCAAGCAUCUUAUUCCAGGACGACAGGAAGAUGCGCACGAGUUCCUGCGCUACCUGGUGGAAGCCAUGGAGAAGUGCUACCUGGCGCGAUUUAAGAACAGCAAAGAAUUGGACCAGUACAGCAAGGAAACCACACCUCUUAAUCAGAUCUUGGGCGGAUACCUCCGGUCGGAGGUCAAAUGCUUGUCCUGUCAACAUGUUUCCACAACGUUCCAACAUUUCGAGGAUCUGCUACUGGAUAUCAGGAAAGUAAACUCCAUCGAGGAGGCUCUCACAACAUACUUCGCCAGGGAACGGCUCGAGGAAAUGCAAUACAAGUGUGAAGCUUGUAAGAAAAAGGUGGCCGCUACAAAACAGUUCUCGUUAGAACGCGCACCCUUUGCAUUGUGCAUUCAACUUAAGAGGUUUUCUAUGAUGGGAGGAAAGAUCAACAAGCAUGUAGAGUUAAAAACUCGUUUGGAUUUGACACCUUACUCGUCCAAAUCAGCUGUCUCAAGUGGUAAACUAACGUACAAGUUAGUUUCGAUGGUGACACACUUGGGCAGCACACAGCACUGUGGACAUUACACAGCAAUUGGAGGCACUGAGACCGGAACAUAUUACGUGUUCGAUGACAGCUUAGUUAGACCGAUUACACUCCAAAACGUCACCAGCACCAAUGCGUACAUAAUUUUCUAUGAGCUAGAAAGUGUUCAAAACGGGAUUAAGUCUAACGCCAGUAGCACUGCCACGUCGGCAUCUUUUGCCAACACAUACGGGAGUUCCUCCGGGAAGUAUGGGAGUAAUUUCGAAGGUGGAUCCAAUACCGGUGGAGCCUCUUCGCACACGUCACCCCUCCGAGUUCAUGGGCCUGGCAGCAACGCUGGCCACAACCCUCUUAUCCCGAGCAAGCUGGAAAACAGGUCAAACUUUAUUGGCCCAAUGUUGCCGCAGCAGACGCAAGAGAAAACCAAAAAGUUGGCUAACGGGAUGAGUCACCUGUACGUCAAAGACGAAGGUGAAGCCGUUGUUACAUCGUCCAGGGCGUCUCCAAUCUCAUCGACCACGUCGUCGCUAUCCAGUCCUUCACCGGUCAAACAGUCCUGUCCGAAUGGACCAUCAUCCAGUCCUAGUAAAUUUGUGAGAAACUCCACAACGUCGAAUAUGAAAAGCAAAUAUGGCUCAAGUUCCAACUCCAACGGCUUUGCAAAUCCGGUCAGCAAUUACAGCAACGGUAGCUUAAAGUCUUCAUCAUCCUCUGCCGCAUCUUCUUCUACUACUUCCUAUUCACUACCAUCAAUGCCUAAACUUUGCAAUAGUUCCGCAGCAGCGAAGAACUUCUCUGGGGAAAGUGGUGAGUCUUCAUCGACCGCAAAGGGUGCUGGAUUCCCUGGGCACUCGAAGAACAGCAAUGGUAACGUCCCGAACGGGCAUCACAACGGCAACAAAUCGGUCAGUCUAGUUCCAUACGAUGCCGAUGAUGACGACGACGAUGACGAGGAAGAGAAUCAGGAGAACCAGAAGAGAUUUGUUGGAAGCAAGAAACGCAAUGGCCGCAACCACUCAGCGGAAGAUGACGAUGAUGAUGAUAGUGAUGAGGAUGUGGAACGGAUACAAUCGCAUGUCCUGCUUGGCCCCAGCAGCAACAACAACAGACUGCAGCGACCAUCGGAUCCUGUCGAAGAGGAGUACUCACCCAAGUCACCACCCGUAAUAAAAACCAAAGCCGGCCUCUGGAAAGUGAGCGACAACCGCCAUCAGACCAGCAGUAGCAGUAGUGCAAACAGCAGCAAAAACACGUCGCCAGCCACCUCUGGAAAUUCCUCUCCGGCCAACUAUGGACACAUGAACGGUAAUAGCGGAGGCCCUCUGGCGUCCGGUUAUCAGCCGAACAACCGACAGUACAAUGGCUUCAACGGCUACAACGGUAAUAGUAACAACAGCCGAAAUGGCAACGGAAACGACGUCGUCAAUCAGCUCCAUCAAUACUCCCAUCAAGGAUACGGAGCGCCGGUUCGAAGCUGGAACGGCCAACAGACUAAUAUGAACCGUGAACUGUCAAAUGAACGGCGGGAGGAAAGGAAGCGGCAGUUUGAAGAUGAUUGCGACACCGAAAUGGAUCGAGGUCGGACCAAGAAGGUCAAAACGCAUUUUUACCAUCAACAGCAACGACAGCAGCAGCAGAGUCAAAACCCGUUCCAGAUGCAUCAAAUGAUGAACGGUGGAAACGGUGCCAACAACAAUGUCAACCGAAAAUGGAAUAACAACAACCAAUUCGGAGGGAAAUUCUUUCAGAAUCGGGGAGGAAACUACUACCAAAACGGGAAUCAUCCCCGGAACCACAACGGGUUUCGUAAUGGGCGUCACGGACGCAAUGGAUUUUAUAAUAAGUCUCAUCACCAUCAUCAGCGCGACAAAUUUUAAUCUAAGCCGUAAAAUUAGUAGCAGUAGUAGUGGCCGUGCACUUUCUUCCAACCAUUCUCCUUCUUCUUUCUAUUUUCCUUCCAUCAUCUCAAUUAUUGUUUGUUGUAAAUAUAUGUAAAAUUAAAUAGGACAGAACUUUUUGAUAGUACGUAGAAAAAUGCGGGCGGAGCCGGUCACGCGAAGAAACUUUAUCUUUUGUCAGCCAAAUUGUUUUACCCAACCCCACCCAUUCCCUAUCCGGACAAGGGCACAAGGAAAUCCACCAGAUAAAGCAUUUUCAAGCGAGCGAACCCCGUUUGUGUGAACCGAUAAGCCUGAGGAUAAUUUGUGUAAAUAGUUUAUUAGAAAUCUUAUAGCUCUUUAUAUUUCACUAUCAAUGAAAUAGUGGUAGUAGUUAUCGUAAUUAAAAGAAUUUACAGUGCAAACCAUUGGAUCAAA